CAUUAUCAUAUAUUUUUCCAUAUUCAACACUAGUUGGAAUGACACAUGACCCACCAUUACAUACAUAUUUUUCCUAUAUAUAUACAAGCACAAAAUUCAAAGCCAAAGCAUAUCCAUCAUUUGUAUAACUCUCUGAAAAUCUUACAAGAAACCUAAAUAACCAAUAAACUCAACUAUGGCUUGUUGGUCUGCAGAAAAUGCCACAAAGGCCUAUCUUAGCACAUUAAAAAUGGGUCAAAAAGCCAAAGAACCAAACGUAGCUGAAUUUAUAUCAGCACUAGCAGCAGGAAACAAUGCACAAAUGAUGAUUGUAGCAUGUGCUACAGUUGCAGAUUCCACCACACUAGCUUUAAUUGCUGCUGCGAAUCAAACUGGUGGAAAAGUGAUUUGUAUUGUGCCUAACCAUAAAGCUCUAAAAGCAUCCAAACAUGUCUUAGGAAAAGCUUCUCAUCAAGUUGAGUUCAUAGUUGGAGAGCCUCAAGAAGUGCUUGUGUUGGAAGAAUAUGAAGGAGCUGAUUUUUUGCUUAUUGAUUGUAACAUUGAAAACCAUGAAGAGAUUUUGAAAGCAAUAGAGGAGGGUAGAAAGGUAAAUGAUGGGGCUAUUGUUGUAGGGUAUAAUGCAUUUAGUUGCAAAGGGUCAUGGUUGUCAAGUGGAUCCAAGACUCAGCUUUUGCCUAUUGGAGAAGGGCUUUUGGUCACUAGGUUUGGGAUGGUUGGGAAUAGUCCAAAAUAUGGGACAAGUAGAACAAUGGGGAAGGUUAAAAGUCAUUGGGUUGUUAAGGUUGAUAAAUGCACUGGUGAGGAACAUGUGUUUAGGGUUAGAUCUCCUCACGGGAAAGUUGUUCAUGCUUGAUUGAUUAUGUGAUUUAUUUUGUACAAAUUAGUAAGACAAAAUUAGGUUAAGGAUUUUGAUUAGGGGUCGAUGUUUGUGAGCAUGUCAAGAUUUUUGAUAUUGUGAAAUAUCGUAGUUAAAUGUAACUGAUGCAGUCUCAAUCGCGAUUGAUUGAUGCAGUCUCAAUUGCAAUUGCAUCAUGGAUUCAAAAACAUAAAAAAAUAUAUUAUUGUAGUUUGAGAAUUUUGUUUAAAAUCUAAU